AUUGAAAUAAAGCCUAACAAAAGCUGAAGCGUAUGGAAACUAUUGACAAUUUGGGAUUCCACAACCGAUAUGUUGAAAAUAUGUUCUUUUCCGCUUAAACCUUCAACAUGGGUCGUGUUAGAACGAAAACUGUGAAAAAGGCCGCAAAGGUUAUCAUUGAAAAAUACUACACGCGCUUGACGUUGGAUUUUCACACUAACAAGAGAAUAUGUGAAGAAGUUGCUAUUAUUCCCACUAAGCCUCUGCGAAACAAAAUUGCUGGCUAUGUUACUCAUUUGAUGGGUCGAUUGCGCCAUUCGCAAGUUCGUGGUAUUUCUAUCAAACUACAGGAAGAAGAACGUGAACGUCGUGAUAACUACGUACCGGCUGUUUCUGCUUUGGAACAAGAUAUCAUUGAAGUUGAUUCUGAUACAAAGGAGAUGUUGAAAUUGCUUGAUUUCCAUAAUAUUCGUGGUUUGCAGUUAACCCAGGCUUCGUCUGGUGGAGCCUUCAACAGAAGAAACUAGAUUUUGUAUUACAUUAAAUUAAAAUAAUACAAAGACCUUUAAAAUUGAAA